AUGAGGGGCUCCGUGGACAAACUUGGGGGAGAAACUGAGACCACCCCGGGUGUCCUGGAGCCAGAGCAGGGCUAUGUGGGACGAAGGUCUCCCUCGGUCCCGAAGCGGGAGGCGGCCACAGGGGAGGAGGCCCAGCGCCUCAGCUGCCCCGAGCCCAGGGGUCUCUACCCGAGACACCCCUCCCCCGGCUCCGGACUCUGCCGCCGCCGAACAGUCACAUCCCCGGCUCUGCCGAGGGGCACGGCUUCUCCAGGCAGUGGGGGCUGGGGGCUGCCGUGGAAGGGCUCCUUAGCCGCAAGACCCGGCACCCGGUUCCAGCUCCAGCGCCUCUCAGAGAUAGACACCGACUCCCGAGGCCGCCAUGAUGGAUUACGAGCCGCUCCACAACGAGGCCAGGCCCCGCCCCCGGCCCCGCCCCCAGCGACGCCGGAACCCCCUGCGCGAGGUCCCACGGGCCGACGGCGCCGCUCUUCUACACGCUGCCGAACCUUCGGGUUUCAGCCUCCCUGCCCGCGACAGCCCGGCUCCGCACGACCUUUUAAAGGUAGCUUUCCUGAGCUCAAGGUGAGCGGUGAGGAAGCGCCCGCCUCCUCCGCACUAUCACUGGCCUUCGAUAACCGGAGUCAGUCCCCCCUCGCCACCAUCCGAUUGGCCAGUGAGCGCGAGAGCCGCCAAGUAGCCACGCUCGGUGCUGCCAGGAGGAAUGCCGGGAUUUGUAGUCCCGGAACUCAGGGGCUGCUCGCUGUUGCCCCAGCCGCCCUCAGUUACAGAGAGCUGACCCCGCCCCCUGGGAGCCGGUGGACUCCGGUCAGCCAACGUCGUCUCUGCUCUAGUAGCAAGAUAGCAGAAGAUUCAGAGCCAGGGAAAAACUACGGAUUGAAGUGUUCCAGAACCGGGGUUGGAUUGCUUCUUUAAGCCUCGUUCGGGGAGAAACUUUGGCUCGCUCCUAGAAAUCAAGAUGACCCGAGCGUUACAUCCUCAUAAACGUGGCAUAAACGUGGGAACCUGGGAAGAAGUAUUGAGAAAGCGAGCAUCAACGAUCCUUUGGCAUGGGAGCUUGAAGAAACACGUUUGUUCGGAGUAUGCCAGGCAAGGUUGUGCUUUCGUGCAUGCUUACUGCGCAACAGAGCUUUCUGACUACAGUGGAUACCAUCUUCUUGAUACUAAGAAGCUUCCAGAGCCUGCCAGCUGUUUUGGACCCCAGCCACCAAGUGCAGUAGGAUGUGUCAGCCCAUGGAUAUUCUUUUUUCUUACUGUACCCAAGUUGAAACACUCAGGUUGACAUCCAAGAACAGACUUGCCCUCCCUCUCCAGUUCUCCUUGGUCUGCAGCAGGAAUGCCCCUCACUCUACAGCAGGUGGGUGCGCUCCCGGUCAAGACCCCUUGCUUCGUGGGAAAACCUCGUUUGCUGCUCCCACCACUGCUCCUGACCACAUAACUCUCCUCUCUUCACCCAGAGCAUCAGCUGCGACUUUGUGGCCACACGCUUGUGUUCACCUUCCACCUGAGUUUCCAGUAACAGGUUUCUGGGAAGGAGAUACCCAGCUCCACCUUGACACUGCCUAGGAGGUGCCAUGAAAAUCAAGCAAGAUGUACUACUUUUCAAGACUGGAAAACCUUUAAGGGUUCAGACUACAGAACGCAGAGCCCAGCAAGUAUCUGAAAGAAUGUUAAACUAGUGCUGAUGCAUCUUGUACAGCUCAUAUAACUCUCAUUUAAAAUGGUUCAACUCCAUUGAUAAAGCAAAGCUUGAAGCCCAGCACUCAGGGAGGCAGAGGCAAGCGGAUCUCUGAGUUCAAGGCCAGCCUGGUUUACAAAGCAAGUCCAGGCUACAGAGAAGCCUUGUCUCGUGUGUGUGUGUGGGGGGGGGGGGGCAAAUAAAUAAAUAAAGUUUAGUCACAAAAUUUCAGCUCCUUCUUAUACUCAAUGUAGUUACAUUUACCAAGGGCGCCCUCUGGUGGCUAUGAAAGCACAUACUCAACUGAAGAUGCUUUUGAACCUCACUGAGCUGCUCUGAAGCACUUUAGUGUCUUGCCACUAUCUUGGAAGAAACAGGUGAGGACAAAUGAGCUUGAGUGGGACUCAGGCUCCCAUUCCCAUCCACUCAUGAGAUGAACAAUCUGGAAACUUCUGAAAUUCAAGACAGGCGAGCCCACCUGAAGUUGAAGUACAGAUACAGGGAACUGUGUUCUUUGGUCCCUCAGAACAUAAAGUUGUUAUCUCUGACCAUCUAUGUCUCAGAAACACAUAUAUACAAAGUUGUCUGGUGCUGUGUGAUGGCCGAUCUUGACUGUAAUUGUGACAGGAUUUAGAAUCACCAUGGAAACACACCUCUGAACAGCUGUACCAGCAAGCUUCUAGGCUGGGUUGAGGUGGAAAGGACCACCCUGUGGGAAGCACCAUGCACUGGCUAGAGUUUGGGCUGGGUACAAAGAAGUGAGACAAACAGCAUUUGUUUCCUGAUUGUGGCUGCACUGUGGCCAGCCACCUUCCGCUGCUCUGCCAUGAUGGACUGUACUCUGGGUUAUCUGGGCGCACUAACGACACUCACCAGGUUAUUUAAAAUUAUAAAAGGUGAAUCUGAGUUUGAGGCUAACUUGGUCGACAUAGUGGGUUCCAGGACAACCAGGGCUACACAGAAAUAGCCUGUCUCAGAAAUAGAAAAAGAUAUGAAAUUGGAGAGGGGAUUUAUUGGAGGGGGAUUCUGAAAGAGUUGGGCCUGGAAAAAGGACGGAUGUGAUCAAAAUAUAUCCUAUACAUUUAUGUGAUCCCCAAAUAA